AAUAUCCCCUUCUCCUCCCCCUUGUACAUUCCCCAACCCAUCCAUCCAUCCAUCCACCCAUCCACCAUGACCAUGACUGAAUCCGACUUUGAAGUGAAAGAAAUCCACACGAAAGAGGAAUAUCGUCGCCUCGUCGACGUCCUCUGGACCGCCAACUCCCAUCCCUACAUCGCCGUCUUCACAGCCGUCCACCCUGUAUCCGGCCACACCGCCGAAGACCGCGUGAAAGACAAAGACUACGACUGCGAAAUCCGCUGGGCAGCCCACCAAAAAAACCCCGCCUCGCACUUCAUCUAUGUAAUCGACAAGAAAUCCGGCCGCGUCGCCGGCGGCUGCGAAUGGCUCAUCUUCCGCAAGAACCCGUUCCCGAACGGUCCCCAACCUAUCCCUUGUACUUGGUACCCCGAGGGCUCAGAACGCGCCGAGUACGCGAGCCAAAUGCUCAGUCAGGCUUUCUUUCCGAGACAGUGUUGGCUUCAGCGCCCUCAUGCGGGUGUCAACGCCAUGGGCGUCCACCCCGAUUUCCGCCGCAAGGGCGUAGGCCGUCUUCUAAUGGAUUGGGGCCAUGAGAGGAUUGAUCCUCUUGGUUAUGAGAGUUUCAUUGAGGGCAGUCCGACGGGGAGAUUCCUGUAUGAGGAAUGUGGGUAUAAGAGGGUGGUCUGUCUGCAUAUUGAUUUUGCGAAGAAGAAUCCCAGUGAUGAGUGGAAUAGGCUGGUGCAUGAGUGUGUGCCGCCGCCGAUUCUGUUGCUUUGGAGACCGCCUAGGGGCGUGUGGGAUGAGAGGGUACCGGCCGGGCCGUGGGCGGUUACGGAGAGUACGUGGGGGGAGAAUAAGUCUGUGGAGGAGGUUGUGAAGGAGGUGUAGAUUAGAGAGGUUGGGAGGGUUGUAUAGUGUGGCUUGUUGUAUAUGGUUAUUCGCGCAUGUUGACAUGUAGCGCAGUAUAUAUUUCGUUGUAUAGAUUGGCAAGUUUUUAGUGCAGGAUUUUCGGAUGUAGGAUGGAGUAGGUGCUAGAUACUGUACCGAUGAAACAGUUUGCCGCUCUUUGUGAUUGGGAAGUGAGAGUCUGGUAACCUCUAGUGAGGCCUUGAGUACGAG